UUCCUAGAACCAUACCAACAUAACCAAUCAGAAUUCAGAACCUGAUUAUUCUUUGUUCCAUCCACAACCAAAAAAGAAAAGGAAAAAAUCCGUUUCAAUUUCACCUUUGAUUUUCCUUCUCAAUCAUCAGUGAAUCACUUCACUGGAACUCAGAACGAACAAGUUGAUCGGGGAUCGUGAACUCCUCCUUCGCAAUGGCGACCUCCGUCGCCGUCGGUGGAACUCUAACGACGCACGAUCGCGGGAUUCUGACGGCGGUUAACAUCGGCGCGUCGAGUCUCUCCUUUGUUGGGUCCAGCUUCAUUGUACUAUGCUACCUUCUCUUCAAAGAGCUCCGCAAGUUUUCCUUCAAGCUCGUUUUCUAUCUCGCUCUCUCAGAUAUGCUUUGCAGUUUCUUCAGCAUAAUAGGGGACCCAUCCAAAAGUUUCAUUUGUUAUGCUCAGGGAUAUAGUACACAUUUCUUUUGCGUGGCAUCUUUCCUUUGGACUACAACAAUUGCUUUUACCCUGCACCGCACUGUUGUGAAACACAAAACAGAUGUUGAAGAUUUAGAGGCCAUGUUCCAUUUAUAUGUUUGGGGUACUUCCUUGGUUAUGACAGUUAUGCGCUCGUUUGGUAAUGACCAUAGACAUUUUGGUGCAUGGUGUUGGACUCAAACAGGUCUCACAGGGAAGGCAGUUCAUUUUGUUACAUUUUACAUGCCACUUUGGGGUGCAAUACUUUAUAAUGGGUUUACAUACUUGCAAGUAAUACGCAUGCUGAAUAAUGCAACCCGUAUGGCAGUUGGCAUGUCAGGCCAAGCUUAUGUCUCAGAUACAAGAGACAACAUGAGGGCUUUGAAUCGCUGGGGAUACUAUCCGCUAAUUCUAAUAGGAUCGUGGGCUUUUGGCACUAUUAACCGAAUUCAUGACUUUUUUGAACCUAACCACAAGAUAUUUUGGCUCUCACUUCUUGACGUCGGAAUGGCUGCACUUAUGGGCCUCUUUAACUCAAUUGCUUAUGGUCUCAAUUCUUCUGUUCGUCGGGUAAUUUGCGAAAGACUGGACAAGUUCUGGCCCGAGAGACUGCAUAGAUGGCUCCCAAACAAUUUUAAGUACAAGAGCCUAUCUCAAGAAAGUGAGCUCGCCAUGUUCAAAACUGAAGAUCAACAAUAGUGUGGACAUAAUGUAGAUUAUCCAUAUCGCAUUGUGGCAAUUUUCAUGUUUGAGUUGCUGGCUGUUUAUAGACAACAAAGGAUCCGCGGGCAGCAACAAUCCCGGGUUUUUUGUUGCUCUAAUGCUUCGAUUACAUGAAUCAUGACUUUCACAUUAUUAAUUUUACACUGACGAGGAUCAUUGUCGAACAAACCAGAGGAUGGACCUGUUUGUGUGGUGUGUCUUUGGAUGCUGUUAAUAUCCUCAAAUUGAAGACCAGUCGGAUUGCACUGCUUUUAUAUUAUCUGAAAAGGCUCAACUUCUCGUGCCAUGGUUCAUCUUUUAACAAGUCUUAAUCUCUAGCAUUACUGCACGCUCUUGUAUCUGCUUAUAGUUUUCGCAAUAGAAUGUGUCCUUGAUUUUAGUCGUAUUGUAGGUUAGGUGACUCUCAGAUUGUUACAAAUUGGUAAACAAUUUUCAAAAUUUGAUGGGCAUGAUUUGGUUCUUUGCCAACGGUAGAAAUACAUCAGUAUGAAAUAGACAUAUCCAUAAUGUUUUUCUUUAUUCAA